AUGCAUUCUGAAUCACCUAUCAGACGCUCGGCGCUCCAUUACAUUGCACCUAUAUACACCAUGGAAUACACCAUGGAAUCCUGGCAACUACUCCCGCCGGAGCUCCGACUGAUGGUCCUCGACUUGCUAGCCGAUGAUCCAGCACCCAAAAAGAAAACCAAGUUCUCAAAAUACCCACUGACCCAGUACUCUCUCGUCUGCAGAGCCUGGCAGAUCUUUUUCGAACGGCUUCUCUACCGCCACCUUUGCGUCGACCGAGUAUCUCUCUACGACUUUGAGCAAUUUGUCUGUCGACAGAGGUGCUUCGUCAAGCACAUCAGGCUCAACGUCGACGUGAAGGCCUUUGACCACCUAGCACGCAAGAAAUUCGACAUGAGGUUUCUUUCCUAUGAGAGAUCAAAUGUCUCGGAGACGCUCAUAUACCUCUUCCGAAUCCUCAGCCGCUGGCGACCCGAGUUCGACUGUUCAAAGGACGUCACGUUCGAGAUUACCGGGUGUCCCAGGGCACGGAUUGCUGAGACCGCAUCACGCCUGAACUGUUCGGCUCAUUGCUCAGGCCCCUUAACGAUCCCCAGAUACUACUAA